AUGGACCGGAUGCGGUGGCCGGCGACGUACAAGGGCGUGCGGCGUGACAUCUUGUUCGCGCUGGCCGAGCUCCCGGACCGCCGCGACCUCGCCCGCGACCGCGCCCUCGAGCAAGGCGCAUACGACGGUGAUCCGACGCUCUGGGACCUUGUCGACGCGUCGUCUGGCCGAUGGUCUAGCAGCACCAUGCAGCACUGCACCGGCCAAGACCCUCCGGCUGGCGAUGGUAGCGAUAACAGCGGGGACGACUCGGACAUUGAAGAUAACUCGGACCUUGAAGAUGGCUUGGACCUCGAGGACGACUCGGAUCCCGGAGACAGCUCGGACCUGGGAGAUGACUCGGACCUGGAGGACGGCGCGUAUAGGAGCGGCUCUAAUGACGAGUACGACAACAUGUAA